AUGGUCGUCUCUGAUCGACCACCGAAGAAUCGGCUCAAUCUUUUGGCACGAAAAGUCUACAACCCCCUUGGCUUCACGCGAUUCUAUAACUUUAUGCUAUGGUUCAUCUUCUCCGGAGCGUUGCUGGGCUUCCUCCUGGCCCGCUCACCGUACAUGAACUUCGGGGGUGUCUUCUGUCCCCAAAAUGCUCAGCCAAGUCUCUCUGCGGCGCCAGGAGAGUGCCUGAUCUACACGUCUCGCAACCUGUACAAGAUUGGUAUCAUCAUGCACCUUUGCACCAUCAUUCCCGCGGGGUUUUUAGCACUAUUUCAGUUCCUUCCGGCGAUCAGACACAGAGUCAGACUUUUCCAUAGACUCAAUGGCUACGCUAUCAUACUAUUGAUCCAGCUUGCGCAUAUUGGAGCUUUGAUGAUUACCCGGGUUGGCUUCGGCGGGUCCCUGGCCACUCAAUCUUCCGUUGGUAUGAUAGCUCUUGCUUCGACGGUCUCGAUAGCUUUGGCCUGGGUUAAUAUCAGGCGUUUGCAAAUUGACCAGCACCGCAACUGGAUGCUCCGGGCCUGGUUCUAUAUUGGAGCCCCCAUCUCUCAACGCCUCCUUUUCCUUAUCAUCCAGCCAAUUAUCUCCUGGAUUGGAACUUACUAUUACGCCAUAUCUUGCAAAAUGAUUGUCGACAUGUUGACCACAUUCGGCACUGAGACAGAAGCCAUUGCUUCUUCAUAUUCUGCAUGUGUGCCGUUCCUCGACGGCACGAACCUACAACAACACUCUGCUGUCUUCGCCACGCUAGAGGCCGGUAUAAUUGAGGUAAUAGCAGUCUUGGAUAUCUCUUUCGGUAUGGCCCUUUGGCUAGCAUUCAUCAUGCAUGCUAUUGGGAUCGAAUUAUACAUUCAACUUACACCCCGAGAAUCCGAGCGCCUUCGUCAAGUGGCGUACGAAAGACAGGUUGAAGCAGGCAUGUCCCAUCCUGGAAAUGCGGGCAUUACAGCCAAUCGAUUGGGAGACGCGAAUCCUUUUGUCCCACUGAGUAAGACGAAGACAUGGCCUAAGCAGAUGUACAAUACGGGUCCCAGCAAGGAGAGGGUGGAAAUGUGGACAAAUGCUCCAAGCAGAGGGAAUCAAAACAUCCGUUGUAAAAAGUUGGAAUGGAUCCAUUCGUGGCAGUGUGAUCACCGGCCAAUUCGAUGAACCAUUGCGGAAUUUGAAGGCAGGACAGCUUCCGGUUUGAUUUAGCGAUGGUGUAGGGAGCAUAUUCGAAUUUCGGGUCUUGAUGUCUCGCAGCGUUCCACUGGAUCGGGACUACUCCGUACAGUAUGGUAUUUACACUUUUUUCUGGAUGUGCCGUCUCCAUCUCCCAACGAAUUGCUCAGAUUACCUCAGUCCGUUACCUGGGUAAUAUGUACUCCACAGGCGGGUAGUCAAUACAAGCGAGCGGUCAAACCUAACCACGAAACACCCGUGAGCCAGGAUAUCGGGUUGAAACAUGUCUUCCAGGUCAUCCAGUUAUUACAGAUUAGUUUUUCUAGUUAUCGG